CUUUUAAAAGAUAACAUGCGCAAAUUCAUCCCACUACUCAUCAAGCCAGCUUUCGAUUAUGUGCUAUGAUUACAACAUCCGUAUCCAUCAUGCUCUAUAAGCUUGUUAUGGUUUAAAUAAUUACACACAGAACAUCAUUUUUGCUCCACAAUGCCACAGAGUGGGAACCAUGCAACAGUGUUCAAAGAAAAGCUGCAUCUGAAAAAGAACCCCCCUAGCCUAUCCCGCCAGCCGCCAAAUGUGCUUCUCACCAAUGGCCGUUUCCCUGUCUCCCUGGACCUUGCUAGGCAGUUGAAUCUUGCAGGAUACAACGUGUACUGUGUAGAUCCUAUGCGCUAUCAUGUAUGUCGAUUCUCCCGAAUGGUGAAAGCAAGCAAGACAGUACCACCACCACGUUCCGACCCUGAGGGGUAUAUCAAAGCAGUGAGCGAAGCAGUCCGAUCAUGGGAAAUCCAAUUUAUCAUCCCCGUACACGAGGAAGAGUUUUGUCUUGCGGAAUCUAAGGACCCGACGAUCCUGGCACGGUUGUACGCUCCUCCCUGGGAAAAUAUCAUGCUUUUGCAUAGCAAAUGGGAGUUUUCCAGACUCAUGCAGGCGUUUGGGCUUGAUGUGCCGAUGGCAUACCUUUGCGAGAGUAUGGAUGAUAUCCAAAAGCUUGAUCAAAGUAUAGAAUGGGCUGUGAAACCUGUUUUUGGGCGGGCAAGUACAAAUGUCCACCAUCUUCGACCCGGGGACCCUCCUCCCUCCAUCCAAGUUAGCAAGCAGGCCCGGUACAUCGCCCAAGAAUGGGUUCGCGGAACGCGCUAUUGCUCAUAUAGUGUAUUUGAUCAUGGGUCCUUGCGGGCACAUGGUGUCUACCCUGUGCUUGAAACGAUUGACGGCAGCUCAUGUGUUUACUUUGAGGCCUGCAGCCAUCCAGGAAUCAGGGAAUAUGUGGAGCGGCUCGCCGCAUGUUUAUUCCCGUUACACGGACAGAUCGGGCUGGACUUUGUCGAGACUGAAGACAGGCUUGUAACCAUCGACUGCAAUCCUCGCGCAACCAGUGGCAUCCACCUUUGGACGGGAACUCCAUAUUUGGCGCGGGCAAUGGUGGGCAGGCUCGGCGCCGGGUCUAUCAACCCGCCAUUUAUAAACCCUGACCGGGGAGUGAAGACACAAGUCUUACCGGGAAUGUUGAUGUGGGAGCAUAGGAGGGUGAACAUGAAACGCUAUUUAAAGCACCUUUGGAGGCUGAUACGAGCGCGCGAUGUUAUAUGGAAGUGGACAGAUUUCAUGCCGUCUCUUGCAUCCCCAUUUUUGCUGUCGUACUAUUAUAAAUUAUGUUGGCGGCAUCAUUUGACUUUGCCCGAGCUGUUUCAGUGGGACCUAAUAUGGGAACCAACGGACGAACUACUAGAGAAGGUGGGAACCCUCAGGCAGAGGGUGCUGGGGGGUCAGGGGCAUAUAGAAGAUGGUCACGCGGGGUAACUUUUCUCAUCUGCUUUCGCAUGAAGUGUUUGCAUACCAUGCCAAUUGUUCAAUUAUAUCAUAUAAUAGAAGGGGCUACCAGUGUUAAGCGCAGUUGGUUCCUCUUCCAAUGUCAUUUCUGAUAUACAUUGUAACUUGGUUUGUGCAUGUCCUGUUUUAGGAAUAGAUAGAUUUGUGGGUGCGUGACAAAUAUUAGGAACUGUUUAC